CUUCUUUCUUCUUUCUCAAACCACCAUUAAUCUGUUUUCUUCCUUUUCUUCAUACCCUCUUUGGCCCUUCAAUUCCUCCCCCAUCCACUGUUUGCAUGUUCAUCAACACUGUUACAAAAAAACCAUCUUUGUUAUAAUAACUUUUUUGGUUUGCAAAGUUUUGAUUAAUGUUUUUCUGUAUCUGGGGCUGGAUAUAAUUGUUUCCAAUACAAUUUUCUUGCUAUCUAUUGCCUUUUCCAUAAGGUUUUUGUUUCGGUUUCUUUCUCUCCAUUGACAUAUACAUGUACCACAAGAAUUUACAAAUUUCAUCAGCCCAGUUAAAAAUUGGCGAACUUGUGUCGGAUGCAUGAUGCCUUUAACUCUUCCAGUUGCUUCUUACAAAUGGAGGACGUUGAAGACAAGCCACCCCCAGAAACCUCUGUAAUAAUGGCUGAGCAGAAGCCGCUGGUAGAAACCCCUGAAGAAAACAGUGAAGUGAUGAUGGCUGGCACUGGUUUUCCCACAGAGUUCUCUGACUUAGAAGUGUCCCUAAAUGCUUCUAACGAUAAAACUAUUGCACAAGUUGAACAUCUUCCCACAGGUGAUUCAGCUUCUACUCCUGAAGCUACAAUUCAUGGAACAGAAGAAACCCACCAAGAAGAAGAUAUCUUUAACAGGCAGAAGGAAGGAGUUUCUGCUGUCACUGCUAGCAGUGAUGUUGAUAAUAAUCUGAUGAAUCCCUCAACAUCAUCUUCUGAAACAAAAGAGUUGCAGAGUGGCUCCAUAGAACUAAUAACAGACUCACCUCAAACCAUGGUUGCUGAUGUUGCAGAAGAUAAUUCAGCUUCAACCUCAAAAGGUUCUGUUCAUGAAACGGAACAAAGCAACCAAGGAGCCAUGCCUGCAAAUUCUGAAGCUGGAAAAUUAGAAGAUAUGUCAAACAGGCAACAGGAUGGCAGUGAUGCUGAUAAUCAGAUGGAGCCCUCAACUUCCUCUUUUAAGGAAAAAGAGUUACAGAAUGUACCUCAAACAGUGGAUACUGAUGUUGUUGAGGAAGCUGUUGGCUCACAUUCUGUUGCUGCUGGCAAUGAUGAUGUUGAUAAUUCUUCUGAAAAAAUAGAGUUGCUAAACGAUCAUAAAGAGCUAAAGAUUGAACUGCCUCAAACCGAGGUGGAAGCUGUUGAGCCACCUGCUGCCAGUGAUGAGAUGGCUUCCUCUUCUGAACAAGUAGAGUUGCAGAAUGAUGAGGAAGAACAAAAGACAGAUCCUUCUCAAGACAAUGUUACUGAUGUUGCUUUGAGAGGUGAUGAUUCACCAUCUGCCAGUGAUGAUAGUGAGAUGAAACUCUUGCAGGAUGACCAGAAAGAACAGAAGACAGAUCCAUCUCAAACCAGUAUUACUGAUACUACUGUGGGAGCCACAGAUUCACCUAGUUUUGUCAGGCAGAUGACUGUAAGAAGAACCCUAAUUGAUACAGCUGCUCCAUUUGAAUCUGUCAAGGAAGCUGUUUCCAAAUUUGGAGGCAUUGUGGAUUGGAAGGCUCAUAGAAUCCAGACAGUGGAGAGACGCAAACAUGUAGAACAUGAACAUGAAAAGGCACAGCAGCUGAUCCCGGAAUGUAGAAAAAAGGCCGAGGCUGCAGAGAAAGAGAAAAUGAGAGUGCUGCAGGAGCUGGAUACCACUAAGAGACUAAUAGAAGAGCUGAAACUGAACCUAGAGAGGGCUCAAACAGAAGAGCGUCAAGCAAGACAGGACUCAGAACUUGCAAAGCUGAGAGUGGAAGAGAUGGAGCAAGGCAUUGCAGAUGACUCUAGUGUUGCAGCCAAGGCACAGCUUGAGGUAGCUAGAGCAAGGUAUUCAUCAGCUGUCACAGAGUUAACAUCUAUAAAAGAAGAGUUGGAUGCAUUGCGUGGCGAAUAUGCAUCAUUAGUUGUUGAAAAAGAAGAAGCUGUGAAGAAAUCUGAAGAGGCUAUUGCUUCAUCAAAGCAAGUGGAGAAGACGGUGGAAGACUUGACUAUUGAGCUGAUAGCAACAAAGGAGGCACUGGAAAGUGCACAUGCUGCACACAUGGAAGCAGAGGAGCAGAGAAUAGGAACAGUGAUGGCAAAAGAUCAGGAUUGUCUUCUUUGGGAGACGGAACUUAACCAGGCAGAAGAAGAAGUCCAGAGUCUGAACCAGAAAAUUUUGUCUGCUAAGGAUCUCAAAUCUAAACUGCAAGCAGCCUCAGCUUUGCUGCUUAAUUUGAAAGCUGAAUUAAGUCUUUAUAUGGAAUCAAAGCCUGACCCAGAAGGUGGUGAUGAAGGAGUCUCCAAAGAAGGGCAAGAUAAACCAGCGAAGAAGACACACAGUGAAAUACAAGAAGCAGUUGCAUCAGCAAAAAAGGAACUUGAGGAGGUAAAGCUUAACAUAGAGAAAGCCACCACUGAGGUAAAUUACUUGAAGGUGGCCGUAGCCUCGUUAAAAACAGAACUUGAAAAUGAGAAACUAUCUUUUGCCUCCAUGAGGCAAAGAGAGGGAAUGGCUUCCAUCGCAGCUGCAUCUCUUGAAGGUGAACUGGAGAACACUGUAUCAGAAACGGCUUUGGUUCAGAUGAAGGAAAAGGAAGCGAGAGAGAAAAUUGCUGUGCUACCAAAGAAACUACAAGAAGCAGUUGAAGAGAACAACGAGGCCAAAUUGCUUGCUCAAGAAGCUCGUGAAGAGUUGCAGAGAGUGGAGGAGGAGGCUGAACAAUUGAAGGCGAGUGCAAGCACAUUGCAGAGCAAAUUACUAGCAGCAGAAAUGGAGAUAGAAGCUGCAAGAGCUUCUGAAAGGUUGGCAAUAGCAGCAGGUAAAGCAUUGCAAGAGAGUGAGUCACCUAAGAGCAGCAAAACUGAAGUGGAUUCAUCCAAUUGGGUGACACUUUCAGUGGAGGAGUACUAUAAUCUGAGCAAGCAAGCACAUGAUGCAGAAAAAGAAGCCAACAUGAGGGUUGCAACAGCAAAUUCUAGAAUUGAAGCAGCGAAGGAGUCUGAACUGAGAACCUUGGAGAAGUUGAAUGGUGUGACUAGAGAAAUGGCUGCAAGAAGAGAAUCUCUGAAGAUGGCGAUGGAGAAAGCUGAAAAGGCGAGGGAGGGAAAACUAGGUGUAGAACAAGAACUAAGAAAAUGGAGGGCUGAUCAUGAGCAACGAAGAAAAGCUGGUUCAGCAGUAGGCAAAGAAUUGGUUAAGCAUCAAAGUAGUAAAAGUUCAGACGGUAUUCUUGAAAGACACAAAACUCAUCGUUUACCUAUGCCUCUUCGUUACUUUUCCAGUUCAAAGUCUUAUGUACAUUCUAACGGUGGAGCGGCGGUGUCAUCGCCGGAUUCCAAGAGCGGAAAGAAGAAGAAGAAGUCAUUCUUCCCAUGGGUUUUGAUGUUCUUUGGGAAGAAAAAGUCUCACACAACACAUUCAGGGUGAUCCACUAUGGAAGAAGAUACAUGCAUUGUGAUGCUCCAUUACACUUAUCUGAACAUGUGAUCCUUUUGGAGAUUAUUGAAAACUAUAUCACACACUUGUACAUGUUAGUCAUUGCUGUAUGUAUGGUUGAUUGCAUCAUACUCCAUCUCUCUGAGAGAGAGAGAGAGGACUGUGAAUGGUCUUCAACUCACCGAUUUAUGACAACAUGAAAAUAAGCUCUUCAUCACUGGUGAGAAAACAAAAAAUAAGAUCAUUCUCUAUUGUGUAUAGGCUUCUGAUAUAUUGAACCUCCGUGUAAAGUUAUGUAUCAGAUUUCAUCAAAUCAAGAAUUUUGAGUUUGAGAUUUGAAUAUGAAUGGCACAUUGGAAA